AUGUCUGACUAUUCGGAUUAUGAUGGUGAAGACGAUAAUAUAGAUAUCGACAAUGAUAUUAUUGAACAAGACGGGGAAGACAACUUAGAGAAUGUAACAGAAAACUCACUGAAUGAUGAAAAUAUCCGCGAAGGAUUGUCACUGUUAUGCAAAACUGGCAAUGGAAUAUCCCAUGCAUAUGUUCGAUUAGAUGUGCAUGACAAAAAUUUAACGGAUAUAAAUAAAAUAAGCAACUUUAUCCAUCUACGCUACUUGGAUAUUUCCGGAAAUAACUUGAAGGAUAUUUCGCCACUAAAUCAUUUAACUCAUCUGCUUACUUUGAAAGCAGAUCGAAAUCUACUAACAUCUGCUCGUCUUGAAGAGCUCCCCUACUUACAAAGUGCGAGCUUUGCUCAUAAUGCUAUUACGUCGACAGAAGGAAUUAGUCAUCCGCUUCUAGAAUCGCUAAUCUUAUCAUUCAAUAAUAUUGUAGAUGUUCGUGGACUUGAUCAGCAAAAACUAGCUAAACUUCAGACAUUAGAAUUAAGAGCCAAUAAAUUAACAUCUGUAGAACAUCUAACAUUGCCAAAACUAAAGAAUCUAUAUUUGGCUGCCAAUUUGAUUGAUAACUUGAAUGGAAUCGAUAAACUGGUACAAUUACGAACUCUCCACAUGCGCGAUAAUGCGAUUAAAUCUUUAGAUGGAUUUACGGAUAACAUGAAACAUUUGCAAUAUAUUAAUUUACGUGGAACCAAUAUAGACGAUAUUAAAGAAGUCUCCAAAUUAAAAUGUCUACCACUUUUACGUGCAGUUGUACUAUCAGAAAGUCCUGUUGCAGAUGAGAAUGAUUAUCGUAUCGAGAUUUUAAUUGCGCUACGACGCUUGGAAAGGCUGGAUAAAGAAGAAUAUAACGAAGAUGAAAGACAAGAAGCAGAGGAAAUUAACGAACAACGACGUCAAGAAGAGCAAUUGCAAAAAGGGGCUGAAGAAGUGAUACAAUCAGAUGAGGAAUCUUAA